GUCAGACAUGCGCAGUAGAGCUCAUGGUGUGUGAUGAACAGCGCCUCUUCGUGGACAGAAACAGACUUGUCAACUGUCAGAAUUAAAUAAAUAUCGUUAGAGUUUCUUCCGAAACGGCUAAAAUGUGAAGAGGAGUGCGGCUGCAUCAGUCUGCAGUGGUAGAUAUUUCUGUUUUCGCCACUUAAAGUCGCUGUCGGGCGUUGGCUGCAGGUAAUGUGAUGCUAGCAGAGCUGUCGUUGGUGGGUUAGCUCGCUGACAUGGAGUGACUGCGUUAAAAAACAGAAACGCGGAUCAUUCCCUUAUUUCAGACUUAAUGCCAGCCGCCAGAGCAGUCUCGGUGGGUUUCACUCUCAUUACUGUGGCCAAAGCGAUGACCUCCGUGUCAGCGACGACAUCCUCUGAGCCUCCUCGGGGGCUGCAUGCAGCAGCCAGCCGGGAUGGAGGCUCCGGGAGCCCGCGGCAGAGGCUCCAGAAGCUUCUCGCGGUGCCUGGACACGACCCGAGCCGGGUUAAUGACCUGCUGCUGCUCCGGCCCGACACCGGUCAGACUGUCUGUGGACCGAAGGAAAAGAGCGGAAACAGGCAUGUUGUGUUUUUCCACGGGGACAUACAGAACUUCCAGGAGGAGAUGGCUCUGCAGCCCGAGGGAUCCCAGUGGCUCCGCUGGAGUCUGGAGCAGGUCGCCCUCACCCUGGGACGACGUUUCCCUGACCGACAUAUUUGGGUGAUCAGAGCCUCGCACAUGUAUCUCCACAAGUUCAGCUGCUACCAAAACUUUGUGGAGAGCAACAUGUUCGGGGCACCGGAGCACUCGCCGUACUCACCUGAUCUGUCAGCGUUUCACCACCUCAGGGCCCUGCUGAGCCACGGCAUGGAGCGAGCCAACCUACCAAACCCCCUCCAGCCACAAGGAGACAGCAUCCCGUCAGGGUUUUCACUGACGCUGGUGGGCUUCAGCAAAGGCUGCGUGGUCCUGAACCAGAUGGUGUACGAGCUUUCCGGGGCCCGCGCAGACCCGCAGGUGUCUCACUUCGUUAAACGCAUCGCAGACAUGUACUGGCUGGACGGCGGACACCCGGGAGGCAGCGAGACCUGGGUGACUGACAAGCAGGUGUUGAAGGACCUUGCUUCCAGCGGCGUGUCGAUUCAUGCCCACGUGACCCCUUACGAGGUGUGUGACCCGAUGCGAGCCUGGGUGGGCCGUGAGUACGGAUACUUCAUUAAGACCCUGGAGGAGUUUGGUGCCUGUCCGAGUAAGAAGCUGCACUUUGCGGACGAGCCACCCUGCAUCGAGAACCACUUCAGGGUCAUCCAGGAUUUCUGAGUUUGGCUAAGAUUAUCUGAAUGUCACAGCGCUUUAGAUUAUUUAUUAAGAAUGCAGGUUGAGUGUCUUAUUCGCUGGUCUUACCUAAUUUUUCUAUGAUUUCAGGAUCCCCUGCUCCCUGCAGCUCAGAGUACAAAUAUGCAGAUGUGAAAAUGCUCUUCCGUCUUUAUGCUUUAGGUUAAAUCUAACCUUCCUACAUUUGAGUCUGGCUGAAGCUUUUAGCUGCUGCAGAGCCGUUGCUUUAAAAGCAUGAGCGAUUCAUGUUGGAUUUCGCUUCAGGUGUGUAACAAAGUGUGACAUUGUGACUUAUUUUAAAUUUCUGCCAUGAUUUUAAACUUAACAUACAGUUGGCUGAAAAUAGCUUAUUACAUUCUCUCUAUACCUGCACUUGUUGAGCUACUUUUAGACUACGCGAAUGUCUGAACGUCUGAACUUACACUCUCUGACUGCAUCAAAACGUGUGGCCAAUUAAUUAAGCCAAGCAAUUCUGUUGUCAUUCCUUCAGUUUCAGAUAUUUUUUCUGUCCGCGAGGUGUUUCCAAGUGGUAUUAAAGGUUGUGCCGCUGUCACAAAGGCCGUUUUUCCCCCUCGCUUCACGAAGAAAUGAUCAGCACUACUUUGAAAAUAGAAGAAAAAAGCAUGUUCACUGAAGAGGUCAAUUGAAAUUUCGUCUUCAUAUGAGUCUCAUAAAUCAGACAUGAGUGUAAUAAUAAUAUUUAAAAUACACCGACCGGCCACUCAGUUAGGUACACUUGUACAGUCCAGUGUGAUCCAAUACAACAACUUUGCCACAAGUGUUGGCUGUAGUUUGCAGUAGUGCUAAACUGGACCGCAUUAUGCUGAAAGGUGUUUCUAAUAUUUUGGCCACACCAUUUACACACAAGAGGGCCACAAUAUUAGAAACACCUCUCCACCACCACAAGCUUCUUAAAAGUAGAAUUUAUGGCAGAGUUGUUGCAUUGGAUUAUACUGUAUUGUACAAGUGUAUCUAAUGAAGUGGCCGGUUGGUGCAUAAGGGAAAAUAAAUAUGUAUAUAUUUAUGGGAAAUAUUGUGCCCGGUUGCAGACAGCAUCAUGAGAAUGAGGCUAAAAUAAACAAGGAUGGUGUCAUUGUUCUACAUCCAUUACACCGUACAGUCAACAUUUACUCCAUGAUAAGUUAAAGAAAAGGAAAAAAAACAUUAAUUUGCUUUUUGUUUUCAAAUGUUUGUACACUUGUUUUAUGUCAAUUAUAAUUGUUAUAACGAGGUUAGUGUUUUUAGUCCAAAUGAUUAAGACGAGAUGUAUUAACAGUGCAUCUUAAACUUCAUAGACACAUUGUACUUUUUGUUUAUGGCAGCAUGUGUAUAAAUCUGUCUGAUGUAUUCCAGUCUGUAAUCUUACAGAUCAUGUUUGCACUUAACGCUGAUGGCUGAAUGUAACUUCAUAUCAUUCCAUUAUGUUGACUGUAUGUUGUGCUCUUUUCAAGAGAAGAUGCAUUAUUUUAAAUCUGUUAUUGUAGCCAUGUUGUUUUGUUUCUGUGAUGAUGAGGGUAAAACAGAGAGCACUUUGUCUCAGCAGGUGGCAGCAGUGUUGAAAAAGUCUAUCCUGCACUGGGUUGACUCGAAGAAAAACAAAGCAUCGAACGCUCCACCAGAUAUUUUCUACGACCUUUAAUGAGCUUUUUCAGUUUGCUUUGUGAUGCUUACAUAUUAGCGUGCAGUUGAUCAGAAUACAACACGGAUUAUGUUUUUUUUGUUUUGUUUGUUUUUUUUUAGUCAUUUCAGAUGCAAUCAGAAUGCUCAUACAUUAAAAAAAAACAAAUAUAAAAUGCAAAAUAAACAUACAUCUCUUGAACAUUUAUUUGCUUGUGCUUGUGGCUGGUUUGAGGCUCGGUAUCCUCCAGUCUCAGAACAAACAGGAAUGUUGGGUGAUCUCAGUCGCCUGAUGUCACCGGUGCUCCACUUCUUGAGGACGACGGCCUGAAUGCCAGCGAAGCGCCUCCCCGCUCAAGACAAUGGGAGCACACACACACACACAUACAGGCCACCGAGUGACUAGCUGCUGAAAAUAGCAGUACAAUAGCUGUACAAAAUAACAAAAUCAACACCACAGUAUAAGUCACGUUCAAGUGACAAACAGACAAUGCCAGCAAACAUGAGACACUUUAUCCGGUGCGUUGGAGCGUUUCGUCAUCCUGCAAAGUGAGAUCCCUGACAUCACUGCAAAACAAGUUCAUCAUCUCUCUCUCUGUCGAGGUUAAGCUACUUGUCAAGUCUUAAAAAAAUCUUGUUUUUACAGAUGCUGCUGCUGCAACAGGAAAAGAGAAAAGCUUCACUUGUGUCUACAACUGCGCUUUAGAAACUUCCUGUGUCAAGUCGCAUAAUUUCAGCCUGGACCGGUUUGAAGA